AUGUUUCGUGAAUCAAACAUGGGCGGUACACAAGAUUGGCGGAGUACGAAACCAUCCUCGAACGUCCACUUUAUUUCUUCUUCCACCUUCGCUACCGCACUGGCAACGCGGUCAUGUCGGACAUUCCUGCAGUUCACGCACUCCCCCGCAGUGGUGGAACUUCUUUCUGAAUGGCCGGGAAUUGGAAAUGACAUGGAAACAUACGCUCUUCAGCUUCGCAAUUUAGAUGACUUGGCAGGUUUACUUCAGUGCAUCAAAUUCUCUCAGGGCACGACAAGGAUGGGCGCCCAGGUUUCUCGCACUCUUCGUGGGGCAUUUGCGGCGGACAACAUGGGGUCGUUGGGCUCUGAUUCUGGAGCGAAUUUACCUUCUGCGACAGAAAGCAACCUGAUUGGUUGGCUUCAGCUGUUAGUUUGGACUCGGUUUUUUGCGGUGUUUUCGAUGCGGCAGCUAGCUGCCAUUCACGAUCAAAUUUCGUGGUACUUGUGGUACUGGUCGUGGGCGGAGGUGCACUCCGCCAGGGCCUCUGUGCACCUUGCACUUGGAAGAACGUGGUGGUGGGAGGGUUUCUUGCGUCGGGGCUGGAUGGGGCAGGUGUUGUUGGUGAAGUCAUACGCCAUUGCCCACAAGUCUGCCUUGAACCGCGUCCUUCACGGUGUCGUGCGGACCCUUGGGGCUGUGUACAGUCUGGUGGAUCGCAUGAAUACACUUCUUUCCUCCAUGGAAGACACGGCCGCGGGUGAUCGUCUGCUGUCGCAGGAGCCAGGCGCGGGCAUUUCGACGGAGAUUCCGCCAAAUUAUCAUCGUUUGGUGUCUAAUGUUUGCGCCACGGUGGUUUCAACGAUGAAAUUAAUGGCACACACACUGCGGCCACAAGGCACCACCGGCUUCCUCGACACGCAUUCCAGAGGGAUGCCAGGGGAGACGCCGUACGUGGGAGGCUGCGCGGGUGAAUUGAUGAUUUUUGAGUUCCCAACACGUACACCUUCGGAAGAGACACCGGAACGCAUAGAGACCAGCGCCUCCUUGAAGGAUAUAUUUAAUUUACUACUGGACACACUCAACUUCACGAGAAACUAUACAAAAAGCAUCAGUGAGGACAUUCACACACGUCACGUUCCUCCAAAUGGCAGACACUGGCGGCGUCUCCUCUUGGCUGGUUGUACGGUUGUGCCCUCCGUGAUAUUGCUUUCAUCACACAGUGUAUCGAACCUUCGGCGAGUAGCGUCAUCUGCACGUGUGGUUCUUCGCAGCCUGAUGGAAAACUAUGUUAUGUACCCAAUUAAAGAGAUCUACAAGAGCCUGACGAGUAGUCGUCCAGGCGUUUUGGAACGACGACGCACUCUUGAAAUGGAAAUGGAGUCUGUCGCUAAUAUCAUUCGAGAUUACCACGAGGAUUACUACCCAAGCAUCCCACAUGAUGAGCUUCAGCGUUUACGUGAUCGCACCCUUAAACAUCUUCGCUCAGGCGUGAUUGCGGAUGAUGAGGGGUACUGUCUCAUUAACCAACAUUACGAAAAUGCCAUUCGACACCCCAUCCGCAGUGCAUUCUUUGGGAAUUUGCUGCGGUUGAUGCUCAUUCAACUAACAUACCAACAGCUGGAGGUGAUGCGGGUUGUGAAUUCCACCGACGAGGUCUUGGAGGGAAAUGAUUUGAACUUCAAAAUUAUGGCCAUGGUGCCCGUCUUUCUUUUUCUGAGUGGUUUGCUGUUCAUAUCGUUUCAGAAGCGUCGCGCAAGUUUGCGCCCGGUAAAUAACCAGCUGAAACUUUACUGGCGCUCGGUUCACCGCGUUGUGACGUUCCCGGAGGACCUCCAUGACGAGUUCCAUGUAUCGCGUUCAGGCGAUGACGUGUCAAUGGACCAGACAAAAGACAAUGACGCUUUGGAGCUGCUGGAGCUUGGGAGCGCCAAUCACCUGAACAGCCAUGACCAGGGAAUGCUUUUGUUGCUGACCCACCACAUGCGACGGUUGGCAGUGGAGUAUCACGUGGGCUACAGCCAUCUCCAAGAGUUUUUGGAGGACCUUGACGACCUUGAAAGUGUGCAGUCCACACGAUAUCAGCGCUUGCUGACGCUUGAGCGGAUGCGGCAUAUCUACUACUUCCUCUGGUGA